AUGGAGGAGCCCUCUCAGGGCGUCGGCGCCCCUGCGCAACCGCCGCCAGCGCCCGAACUGAAGCAAGAGUCUCCUGCGUUGCCGAAGGACUUCGAACUGUCGCCCCAAGCUACAAAACGACCCCUCGAACCGGCGCCCGAGCAGGAAGAUGGGGAUCCCAAACGGCUCAAGCUGGGCGAGGACCCAAUGUCUGAUGCGAUUGAGAUGGAACUCGACCUCGAGGCCAUGGUUCAGGACGUGCUCGGCGACAUAGACAACCAGAUGAGCAGGUUCGGCGGCAUGGACGGCACUUCCGGGGGCGACAUGAACCUCGACAUGGGACCUGUGGACCCCCCACCACGAGAUACGACAGAGCCAACGAUUACCUUCCUCGACAGCCCGAUCCAGGCAGUUCGAGCUGCCAGUCUGCCUGCAUUGUCGCACUUUGCCCUUCAAAUCCUCAUCAUCGUAUCCCAGCAACACUCCCCGCACAGCCUGUCCAGCGCGAUACGGACGCACGAUUCGGAAGCGGCUACCUCAUGGGUCGCACUGAAGAACCUCUUCACAAGUACGCGGCAGCUCUUUUCGCAAACCGAUCCAGUUUUACACUCAGACUUUCUCGGAUCAAUAUGCUCCACCGACGAGCUGCGGCUUGCGAACCUCGCCAGCAUCUGCUGUUCGCUGACGUCUACCGGCCGCGAUGCUGAUACAAUAGAUCGGCGCGAGCUCUACAAGAGCUUCUUCUCCAUUCUGCUCCGCGACGGUAGCGAAUUGUCAAAUGUCGUUUCUGAUCUCUUCGUUGCGGCCAAGACGCAAGCUAUCAUUGAUUCCGUGGCCAAGGGUGUUCAGGAGACGCCAAUAGACCAGAUUAUCGAAGAGGCCUUCCCAUCGAGCCUGGAGCAGAACCUGAAAAGUCGACACGGAGGGUCCGACCUCACGCAAGUAGAGCAGGCCCUGGUGACGCUGGCGUACGGUCGAAAGGAAGCGCUGUUCAAGCAGAUCGCGGAGGGCCUGGACGAAGGCAAUCUGAGAUCGACGUAUGAGAACGAGGAGCUGUUUCGACUUCUUGGCUCAUACCUCUCCGAUGAGCUUCAGCACUUUGCGCACAUUGCUACCAAAUACAGCGUUCAGCUGCCGAUGAGGGAACCCAUCCACCUCGACAUCCCCGACGACGUGUCCGAGAUGGACGAACAGGCUCUCUCCUCUCUUCUCGAAGCGACAGACGGCCUGGUAGCGCAGUACUUGCCGAACGGCGGCAUCGAAGUGGCCAACGAGCCUGCAGUUCCAACCACCGAGGGUAGCAUUCCGCCGGCAGAACCGCAGACGAAUGGGGGCGAAACCACGACUGUGACGGCACCGCCAGCUCAGAACGGCACGACAGACCACUCCCAUGAGACGCACGACCUAUUUGCGGAAAUCGAGCAUCAGACCCAGGAAUACGUGCGCACAACACUGAGCAACCUGUCGCCUGCGCCGUAUCAACCGACUGUGCCUGCGCCGACGGGAUCGACGAUGGUCCAAACACCGUACCUGUCACACUUGCAUCAAACGCAAAAUCACCCGCCACCACCCACACACUACUACGGCUACCCACCGCUGGACCCAAAUCAGAACCUGGAGACAGAAGAGUCCGGGCCCUUGCCCCCGAGCCAGUCUCUACCCAGCGCUAUGCUCUACGACCGUGCACGUCAGGCCGCGCUAUCAAAGAACACGAAUCCCCAACGACGCGAAGGUGGCAGCUCCACUCGAAGGCCAUGGUCUCAGGAGGAAGAAAAGGCGCUCAUGACGGGAUUGGACAAGGUCCAGGGUCCUCAUUGGAGCCAGAUCUUGUCGUUGUACGGAGCUGGUGGUUCCAUCUCCAACAUUCUCAAGGAUCGCAGCCAGGUACAGCUGAAGGACAAGGCGCGCAACCUGAAGCUGUUCUUCCUGAAGUCGAAUUCCGAAAUGCCAUACUACCUCCAAGCGGUCACGGGUGAGCUGAAGACUCGUGCACCGGGACAAGCGGCCCGGAAGGAGGCCGAGGAGAAGGCACGACAGACGUCCGAGGAGGCUCAAGUCCGUGGGCAAGGCAACAUACCCAUCGCCAGCAACAUCCAGUCAUCACCGCACAGCCACCAAAAGACAAAUUCGGUGACCCAUCACGGCUUCCACUCGCUCAACCACGCGGUACAGGCGCCCGCCAGCCCAUAUACCCCCGUCGCUCCGCUGGCGGCAAGCGCCCAGACGCAUGCUUCGUCGCCGAUCACGAACGCGUUACCAGCGCCCGCGAUGCAGAGUCCUGUGAAGCCGGAGACCCAAACGUCCUACACCCCUCCAGUGACCAUGUCGACACCGCAGCCGACGCACCCUCAACUGCCAUCGCAGCCCUAUACACCAACAUUACCGCAAGCUCCAUCUCAGAACUCGGCGCCAUACACACCGACGCAUUCCUACACACCACCGCAACCGGCUCCCACGGACUCGCCACACGUCAAAUCCGAGCCGCUGCCACAAUAUGACUACAUGGCGCAACAGCAGCAGCAGCAGCCGCAACAGCAACAGCAACAGCAACCGCAACAGCAGCAGCAGCAGCAGCCACAGCAGCCGCAGCAGCCGCAGUAUCACCAGCAGCCUUCGCAAGAACCGCAAAUGCCGGUCACUGCGGUCGACCAGAUGCCGGCGGCGGCCAUGUACUCAGGGCUCGACGAUAAUGACGACCUCAAGGAUGCAGCACUCAUGCAGAGUCUCCGCGAGCUGGAGGCUUACAGCGGCACGAGCGUCUCCUAG